CCUAGUCCAAGUGUGUUCGGAUGAUAGGGGGACUUCAGAGGGAUUCAGAGAGUAAGUGUCCGUCUUCGGUUUGUAAGCGAUUAGCGGAGGCUCCGGCUCAUCAGUUGCUAAUCGAACGUUCCUUAGAACGGUAUCUCCACUGAACUGCAACUGCCCCGGUUUGUGCUGCUGCUGCUGCAAUAAAUCAGUUAUCAGUAAUUUCCAAGUGUUCCAAGUGCUGUGAUUAAACCAAAAAGAUGUCGAACAAAUUCGAUAUUGAAACGGAACCGCCAUCGUCCGAGCUGCUGGAGGUGGCCCGCAAAGAGCUCCGGGAAACGCCGGAAGUCCGGGAGGCUUCGAUCAAGGAACUGCGCAGUCUGCUGAAGGAGGCCACCGAUCUGCACUACAAGGACGAUGACGAUUUUCUGCUGAUUUUUCUGCGCCCGUGUCAUUUCUAUCCGGAGAGUGCUUUAAAAAUGAUGCGUCGCAUAGCGGAGUUCAAGAAAAGCUACCACAACCUGCUGCACAAUCUGAAGCCGGAAGACGAACGGGUUGCCUUCACGGAACACAACGUGGUUAAUGUGCUCACGAACCGGGAUCAGAAGGGCCGCCGGGUGUUGCUGGUCAACUGUGGCGCCCUGUGGGACCCGAAGGCCGUCAGUUCCGAGCAGCUGUUCCGGAUGUUCUACCUGAUUCAUCUGAUCGCCCAGCUAGAGCCGGCCACCCAAAUUAACGGUGCCGUCGUCAUUAUGGACUUCGAUGGCCUCUCGCUCAAACAGGUCAAAGCCCUUUCGCCCUCGUUCUCCAAACUGCUGCUAACCUUCAUCCAGGAAGCCCUUCCUCUACGCCUCAAGGAAGUGCACAUCAUCAAGCAGCCGUUCAUCUUCAAAAUGGUCUGGGCCCUGUUUACUCCCUUCAUCAAGGAAAAGCUCAACAAGAGAAUUUUCUUCCAUGGAAACGACAUGCGCAAGAUCCAUCGCUUCAUCGAGCCGUCUCUGUUGCCGGCCAACUACGGGGGAGAACGACCGGCCAUGGAUUACGGCGGUAGCGAUUGGUAUCCGUGCGUGUUCCGCCACAUCGACCACGUCAACGAUUGGAACACCUUUGGCUUCCGGGAUGAUCCCGAGCUGCAGAAGUACUUCGUUGCAUAAGAAGAGUAGGAUUAGACUGGAAGACAUUUAAUGGGAGAAAUGGUAUUAGAAAUCGGGUAUUAGAUGUGUAGGAGGUAAUGAAUGGGGUAGAGUACAAAAAUAUCGUAUUAGUGUAGGUAUAUCGCAUUUAUAUUUGGGUGAGUACUGGAAGCAUAAGGAAGAACUGGAAAUGAACCAAAGUAUUAACUGUAGAAUCUCAAAGAACAAUAAAGUAUUUUAUCAACUGUCUUAUGAGGUGUGUUUGUUGAGAUAAUGAAUAGAAAAGGAGAAAAGUUAUAUUAUUGUGAUCAAUUAUUCUGAAACCAAAACAAUUUUUAUUGUC